AUGCCAGCCGAGAAGUUAUCUAAGGAGUUAGCCGAGCAGUCAGCUAAGAAGUCAUCUAAAAAGUUAACCGAGGAGUCAAUUGAGAAAUCAUCUAAAAAGUCAGUCAAGAAGUCAGCUAAGAAGUCAAAAAAGUCGGCCAAGAAGUUAUCUAAGAAGCUAGUCGAGGAGGAGGAUGGUGUCGCUCUCGAAAAGCAAAUAUUAGCGUCUCGGAAAGGGAUAACAUUUUUUGCUAAAACUGAAGAAGAUAAGAUCAAACCGGAGAGAUUUGAAAAUAUCACAAAAGCCAUGUUUGAGGAAGCAGAAGUGGAACAAUUUGUCGGAAUCGAUGAUUACACCGUGCAACGAAUACGACAGCAAUUUACUCAAACGACAUUUCGUUUCGCCAAUUAUAUUGAUCAUAUCUUUAUCACAUUAUCUCUUAUUGUUACUGUUGGUAAUAUGUUACGAUUUCCGAUUGUUUGUUCAGAAAGUGGUGGAAUUUUAUUUUUUAUUCCAUAUGUUUUAUGCCUUAUUUUUAUCACUACGCCAAUUAUUUAUUUGGAAAAUGCUAUAGGUCAAUACAGUUCACUUCCAUCAAUAGAACUUUUCCAACAUCUUUGUCCUGCUUUUGGAGGAAUUGGCGUUGCAAUGCUAUCAGCGGCUAUUUGUAAAACCCUCCUGUUAUCAUAUUCGAUAAUGGGUAUUUUUUACAUGUUUAAAAGUAUAAUUGUUGCAUUCAGUUCCACAUCACAAACUACCUGGCUGGAAUGUGUCUACGAAACAUCUUGCUACGAUCCGUAUGUGAAUUGUAACAAAGCAGUCGGUAAUUAUCAGUAUUACUCAAACUGCUACAAUUUAUUUAAUAAUCAAACAAAAUUAAAUUCGAAUUAUACAUGGGAACAAAUUGUGACAGCUCUGACAUCAACUUCUGAGGCACUUCGGGAAUUUCCGCCAAAUAUUUAUUGGAUGGAAAAGAUAAAUAAGGCUGGAACAAUAAAUGAAUUUUUCUUCGCUUCGGCUACAAUCGAGCAUGCAAUCAUCGCUGUAAUUGCUAUUUUUGGAAUUCGUUUCUAUGCUAAGAUUGCUCGAUUUGUUUUGAUAUUUCCGCAAUUUUGCAUGCUAGUUUGCAUUAUUUAUGCAAUUGCAAAAGCUGGUUAUCGAAAUACGUUUGCUUCGAUAGCAGAAGGCUUUUCACCAGACUUACAGAAAUUGUUGGAUUUCAAAGUAUGGGUCAUUGCAGCACUUCAGACCAUUGGUGAUAUAAAAGUUCGCUACUUCUAUUUUUCGCUUCUUCUCCCAAUCCUUGCAUUUCUUGAGCUAUUAACAAGCAUUCAUAUUUAUUAUUUGAAACGAUUAAUUGUCAAUUUGCAUACAAUGCUUGGUGGACCACCGAAUAACUUUUGGAGAUAUUUGGGAUAUCCAGUGAAUUGGUACUGGACAGCUUGUUGGUAUAUUAUUACACCAGCAUUUUGCAUAAUUUCGGUUGCGCUUGCUUUAUUUACCAUCAUUAGUGGUAGAUUGCACAGUGAUAUUAUCACUUUAACACUGAUAACACUUCUCCCAUUGAGUGUUAUCAUUAUACCAAUGUUAAUUCAUGUUUUAAAAGCUUAUCGAACGGGCAAAACUAUAAAAUCCCUAUUUGUUGCUGAUCAUCGAUGGGCACCAGAAUUGGGUAUCAACCGGCAGCAGGCGCUUUAUGAAGAACGAGCCGCACGUGCGAUCAUUUAA